UUGUCCACGUUUUAUUUCAGUUAUGAUUCUGUGGAGAUCUUUGAUGGAACUGACGAGAAGAAGCACCCGAUCUCAAAACUAUGUGGCAAGCAUAAAUCAAAACCACUUCUUGCGGAGACCGGCUCAUUAACGGUUCGCUUUACCUCCGACGACACAAUCAAUGGCAAGGGCUUCAAGGCCGAGUACAAGAUGGUGCCUAAAGGUUACGUGGUACAGGGGGGGGCAAGCAGUCUGUCGGGGAGUGGUGAGACUUGGCCGACCAUUCAUACCGGCGGGGGAACCGGCAUCGAGGACGGAAUGGUGCAGCAACCGCGUGAUGGUCGCUGGAUUCUGGGAGGUGGCAGCGGAGGGGGAAGGCGCCCGCAGCCUCGACGACCCUUCAACAGCUACUCUGCCAGCCUCCAGUUGCCAGGGUCCGGAGUGAACAGUGACGGAAUGCUGGUCGGGCCCAUCUGGAACCCCGACGGUUACCAGUCACAGACGUUCGGCUACAUCCGAGACGACUCCCUUCAGCACCAUAUCAGUUCCGUCCCCUAUCAACCGCUAGCAGCAGUCUCGAUGAAAGGUUCAUCUACCACCCUGCGCUCCUACCUACCCCCUUCCGCUUCCGCUGGUCCCCAAGUCUCACCGCCAGCUUCACAUUUAUCCAGCUCGGCUGCUGGCCUGUCAGUGGACCAUUCCAUUUCAUCAGCCUACAGCUCGACCUCAUCAUCUGACCAAAUGUCCACCCCAAGAAGCCGAUUCGAGUUUGGACCACGAACUAUUGGCAUCUCCAAAGGCCAUGGCAACCAGCACACUAAUAAUCGUCGACUACAAUCCAAGUCCUCUGGCAGGAUGAGCCAGCUCGAGUCUGGAUAUGCAUCACGACCCUGGCGUUUCUCCUAUAGCAAUUCACAUCUGGCCUCAACCCUGGGCAAUAACGCCGCAACGUGGAGCAGUGGCUCUCCGAUGGCCGCCUCUUCUGUCGCCAACUCCGGCACCAGCAGUUUGAGUGAAGGCCAGACAAUGGGUCGGUAUGGCGGAUCGCCUGUCAGGUCAUUACACACGAUCGGCGGUCUCAAUGCCAGACAUCCGACACGGACACCCUCGGCCAGACAGACUCGAUGGAGUGGACAUUCCCCAGCCGCUUGGAGUAGAACUUAUUCCCAGCCGUCUUCAGCCCCUAAAUUAUCGGGAGUACCCUCCUCUUUAGUGGCAACUUCUUCCCAUUAUUUGCCCUCGCCACCAUCAACGAAUCCGGGAAGUUCCCUCUCCCCAACUUCAUCUUCAUUUUCAGACAUUUUCUCCCCCGCCUCCUCGAGACUGUUGCUCGACUCACAACGCGAACUCGAUUCGCCAGUGCCACAUAGACCUGGUACCUGGCAUCCCCGGCCCCAACCCACAACACAUCGGCGGCCGCAUUUGCUCCAUAUAAAAAGUUCUCCACGAGGGGCAGCCUCCUCCAUCGUGAUGGUGGAAACGGGAGAGCCAAGCAGGCGUGAACAUGUCUGGUGGGCAGAUGCAGAUUCGAGAAGAAUCUCGGCAGACAUGGAGCGGAAGUCGGGAGAAAGAGGUGCUGGGGCUGGCAAUAGGGCAGACGAUAGUGGACUCUUAAGUCGUAGUGCCCCCAGACCAGAAGGUUAUCGCAUCUCCAACUCACUUCAUCACCAAAUAGCCACGCCUGAGGAGCCUGUUGCCAAGAGAGCCAGUCGAGUUCCAGCCCAGUUGGCGAUGUCUCCAGCUUCAGCAGACGACAAAUUUCAAGUCAAACUUCUGCUGCCUGACUCGCUUUCAUCGGCUUACCGGCCAUCCGAGCAACGACUACACCUACCCUAUUCUCAGCACCAACACCAACAGAUGCCGACCAGAAGGCCACAGACGAGGCCCCUUAGGCAGGACUGGACAGUGGGGCAGAUAAGUUCGCUGUUGCUGCCGCAGACAGAUACAGAGCCCCGCAUACAAACACCUCCAUCGUUGGUACAAAUGAGGCAGAAGCAGACAUUCACUGGGACGAACCAUUAA